AUGAAGCGAUACUGGUUACUGAAAACAGAGCCAAGCGAGUGGUCAUGGUCAGACCAAGAAGCGAACAACGGAAUCAGCAAAUGGGACGGCGUCAAGAACAAACAAGCCCAGAAGAAUCUCAAGUCCAUGACUUUAGGCGACCUCUGUUUCUUCUACCACUCCGGUUCAAAAUCGAGAUGCAUCGUGGGUGUGGUUGAGGUGACGCGUGAAUGGUACUCCGAUGAUGAUGAUGGAGGAGAAGGAGCGGUCGAUGUUAAAACCGUUGGAGAGAUGAGAAGAUGUGUUGAUUUGAAAGAGAUGAAAGAACACAAAGGGAUUAAGGGUUUUGUUUUGUUAAGACAGCCGAGGUUGUCUGUUGUUCCUGUUGAAGAGGAUGUUUGGGAAAGAGUUUGUGAAUUGGGAGGUGGGUUUUUCGGAGAUGGUAAGGAAGAUGGUUCAAGUAGCGAUGAAUCUUGA